ACUACAAAACAUGCCCAGACGACCCACCGAAGCCACAGAGGAACUACAACCUCUGUCAAACUAGUGAAGCCCUAAAGUCGUCGUCUCUCUUCAUAUUCCUUCGACUGAAUACUCGUCACUUCGCGCUGUUCCUUUCAAAGCAUUAAUGAGCAUUGAUAUCGGUCUAGCAAUCGUUCACAGGCUGAAUCUCCUCGGGAUCUUCCAUUCUCAGCAAGUAGAGUCUUCCAGAAGCCAUGAAGGAGAACAACGAGAUCAAAAAGAAGGAAUUGGAGGCAGAGACAGAGAAAGUCAGCUGCUGGGAAUGGCUGAAAGAUGAACUCAAGCCCGACAGGGAGCUGAUCAGCAUCAAGUUCAUCCUCUUCUGCUACACUGGAGGUUCAGCCGCUUUCUUCCCGUACCUGACACUGCACAUGCAACAACUGGGGAUCACGAUGAAGGAAAUUGCAAUCAUCUACGCGAUUCUUCCGGUGGGGAGCAUACUUGGGCCGCCCAUCUCAGGAAUGAUAGCGGACAGGAUGGGGCAGUACAAGGUAGUGGUGGUCCUAAACAUAUUUCUGGCGACAGUGCUCCACGUCCUCCUACUCUACAUCCCAACGCGGACGCCGAAUCCACUGACCUUUUCCUGCGGCCCCAACGGGAACGACAUGACCUGGGCUACCUGUGACUACUGCCAUCAUGAACGCAACAACUCGGACGUUGUUUUUACACUUGAGGAAUGCUCAUUCAAAUGCGAUUCUCCACCCGAGGAGCUUCAGUUGUGCCUUACUUCAGGACUCAACGUGACCUCUUGCAGAAGUUUCGAUGUUGCCGACGAGAUCCAGGUGAACGGAACACUCUUGUCCGUGCUAGAGAACGACACCUGCAUCCACGCCUUCCAGCAGAUCCUGCACGAGGAGAAGGUCUACCAGACGCUCACGUGCCCAUCGUCGUGCCCCGUGCAAUGCAAAGUGACCGGAUCGCCCCACUGCCUCCACCCCGACGAUCCCUCCAAUAAUCCCUACACCUUCUGGAUCUACUUUUUCCUGCGGACUAUAGCGACGUUCUUCCUGGCUUCUGGGUAUACGAUGCUGGAUGCUACAACCUUGGCCAUCCUGAAGGACAAGAGCGGCGAACUAGGAAAGCAGAGACUUCUCAUGAUGUUGGGCUUGGCAUCCAUGCCCGUCUUGUCUGGCCUCCUAGUUGACUAUUACAGCGAAGACCUUGGUUACUCGGACUACAUGCCAGCUUUCUACAUGGGAGGAGCAUUUACAAUGACGGCUGCACUACUCGUUAUGAGACUACAGUUCAAGGUCGAUGUGGCGGGAGAGGACAUCUGGCACGACCUCCGAUCCCUUUUCACCAGGCUGGAGAUCGACAUCUUCCUCGUGAUGGUUCUCAUCCUUGGCGCCAACCUGGGCUACCUGGAAAACUUCCUCUUCGUGUUCCUCAAAGAUCUCGACGCUCCCAACGUGUUGCUGGGUUUAACGCUGACCGUUGGACAUCUGGUCGGGAUUCCCCUCAUGUUCAUGGCAGACAAAAUCAUCAACAAAGUAGGAAGGGCCACCAUCUUCACUAUAUCAUUCAUGGCCUACGCCCUUAGGCAUCUCGGCUACGCCCAUCUGACCAAUCCCUGGUGGACGUUCCCGCUGGAACUUCUCGAGGUUCUGACCUAUGAACUGAUGUGGGUCGCGGCUACCAACUACUGCCCAGUCCUUGCACCGAAGGGCUUGCUCGCAACGAUGACGGGUCUGGCUGGAGCUACUUACUACUCCGUUGGUCGAGGCGUUGGCUCCCUCCUGGGAGGAUACCUGAUCGCCAGUAUCGGGCUCUCGAACACCUUCCUGGCAUUCAGCUCGCUCUCUUUCGCGUCGGGGAUUCUCUAUAUCAUCAUUUACUUCACAUACCUAAGGAAGGUUAUGCUGUCAGAUGAGGACGUGAAAGAGAGGGAAAGGCAGGAGGCUGAAGAGGCUAAAGCCAUGCUAGAUGCAGAUGGGAGACCUGCAGUCAUCGUGACUCCCAAGGAACAGCAGAACUCUUCUACAUUGUGACUUACGUCAUCAAGUGACAGAACUGUGGACAACCUCACAUUUUCGGAUACGUCAGAACCUUGCUAUAAUCCGCUGGGUCCUAGCGAGGUUGAGAGUGCUGAAGAGUCAACGACUUUCAUCAUUGCACUUCCUCCUAAAUUAUUAAACGUCACCAGCACAAAACUUAUUGUCAAUAAAUGUAACUGUAAAGUAAUUUACCUCUUAGUGUGUGGUUAUCACUCGAGACUGUUACGUUUCCUAAACAAAUAUGUCUUUCUUUGCGACACCACAAUUUCCCAAAAAUAUGCAAUCUUACACAUCGGUUUUACACAAUGUUUACCUCUCAGAAGGCUUUUUACCUCAUCGUAAAGAAACUUUUCACACAUUCUGUGAUGUUAUUAUAAACUUGUAAAUAGAACUACAUAACUAA